AUGACGUCUCCUAAAGAGUAUACAGCCGAGGAUGUUGCAAUGCACAAGUCGAAAAAUGAUCUAUGGGUUUCCAUUCACGGAAAAGUUUACAAUGUCACCGACUACGUUCGCGAUCAUCCUGGUGGAGCAGACGUGCUCUGUGACGUUGCCGGAACGGAUGCCACUGAAGCAUACGAAGAUAUUGGGCACUCCGAAGACGCCAAUGAGAUCUUGGCUGCAUAUCUGGUUGGCAGCUUGAAAGAUGCUCGCGAGUUCACGCGUCCCAGAGCAGUCCGGGUGGUACAGCAAGCACCACAGCAAAUUACUACUACAAAUCCCCUCUUCAGACUUGGCAGAGUUGUGAUUGCUGUUGUCGUUGGAGGGGGAGUGGCCAUGUUCACUUUCCUCUACACGCGUGGUCAUAUCUCCCUGCCAGAAAACCUUACAAAAGUGUCUCAUCUCAAGCCUCGCUGGAUUCACACUUUUCCCGCACCAAAACUUGGAUUUGCCAAGGGUGGGUUUUCUAAUGGGGUUCUCUCGGCAACUGGUGGCUUUAUGACUCUUGGUGCUGUUUUAGGCAAUAAGCUGUCCAAGCUUACUCAAAUCCAGUCCGGAUUCACUCGCUAUCCGUCACAUAUCAAAAGCAAAAGAAUGCCUCUAGCUGAUCCACAUCUGGUCAAGGGAUUCCUUGACCCACGUGACUUCAAAGAGCUUCCUCUUGUUGCAAAGGAACAAUUAUCGCCAAAUGUUUAUCGAUUCACCUUUGCACUGCCUGGGUCCCGAGAUGUUAUCGGACUGCCAAUCGGUCAGCAUGUGGCUAUCAAAGCUACUGUUGAAGGUCAGUCUGUUUCUCGCUCAUACACUCCGACGUCCAACAAUAUGGAUUUAGGGGUCCUGGAACUGGUCAUCAAGUGCUACCCAGACGGCCUUCUCACUGGGAAUUAUCUCGCAAACCUGGAAAUUGGCGAAAAGGUUCUCUUCCGAGGACCCAAAGGUGCCAUGAAAUAUUCCAGGGGUACGUGCAAUCGUAUUGGGAUGAUUGCGGGUGGUACUGGAGUUACACCGAUGUAUCAACUCAUCAGGGCUAUCUGUGAAGACGACAAAGAUACAACGCAAAUUAGCUUGAUCUACGCAAAUCGAACAGAGGAAGAUAUUCUUCUUCGGGACGAACUCGACAACUUUGCUCGGAAAUAUCCCAAAAAUCUGCAAGUGUGGUAUAUGCUGGAUCAUCCUUCGCAGUCUUGGAAAUACGGCAAAGGCUAUGUCACGCCACAAGUCAUGACCGAGAAAUUACCCAGUCCAUCUUCUGAGACCAAGAUCAUGUUGUGCGGCCCCCCUGGUAUGGUCAAUGCCUCAAAGAAAGCACUGUGCAGCCUGGGAUUCGAAGCACCAGGCCCUGUCGCGAAAAUGGCAGAUCAGAUAUUUUGCUUUUGA